AUGCGUUUGUUCGUGGCGGUGUGCCUGUGGCUGGGCACGGCCUUAGCCGGGCAUCACAAGCAUCAUCAUCGGGGUGAGUUCUGCUUUAUAUCACUUUAGAUACCAAAAACAGGGAACACUGUGACGUCAUCGAUUGACUCAAAUUCUUUUGAGAUUACUCGCUUUUUCGCCCAUUUUUUAUUAAAAUUCCCCUUGUUUAUGCAUACAUAAUUAGUGGGCCUUGCGAGUAUGCUAAUUAGUCUAGAAGAAGCUCCUGGCCUGGGGCUGUGUGCCCUUUUAUUUUGCUCUAAAUUGCCCGUAUUUCUUAUGACGUUUUUCCGGAGAAGUUACAGAGUUAAUUACAAUUACAAUUCUCAAGAAACCUCUCGAAAAAUUGGAUUAUAUUCUUGUGGGAAAGAUGUUUUAUAGCUGAAGUAGUAGUCGCACCUUACCUAGCCCAUUAAUAGUCCCAAUUUCAGUCCCCAUUCUACAAUUAAAUGGCGCUGAUGAGAUCCUCGGGAGUCUUCGUGAGGAUGAGAAAGUCGUCGCCGUUUCUCCCCACAUCGCCAUCUUCCCCGAAAGCGGUGAGUUUAAUUAAAAUUAUUAAUCGCAGAGUGAGUGCAUGACUCUCAACAAUCUCUCAGGUUACUGUAACCGAGGAUUGUAUCUCUUGUUUGAAGCCGAAACGAAGCCCCAUCUUUUUACAAAAUCCCCAAAAGAAACUGUUUUUGUAUCCGACUUGUUAUUGGAGUUGUGAAAUUGUCGGUUACACCAGCUGAUACGAACUUAUAAACAUCUACAUUUUGGGAUGUAAACAUCUUAUUGUAACGGAAACCUGAGGUUUUUUUGGCAUGAAGAGGCUUGGCAAAAUUUAUGGCUGGUAUUUUAAGAACAUUUAACUCGCAUCCUUCAGAAAAUUCGAGAUUUUUAGGAUUAAAAUUUGGGGAUCUACUGCUAGCAGGUGCAACGUAACUUUUUAAAAAAACAUUUUUUUCUUUGGCAAAAGAAAUGAUUACAAAGCGAUUUCUCUGACCGUUUUUCCCGAUCUUCCAUUGUCUCUUGCAAAAAGAUGAUUGUUGAAUAUGGUGGCUCUCAUCGCAAAACGGGAGCUUAAAGCUGCCAUGAUUUAUUAAAUAUUAAUGACCCAUAUACAGCCUAUACCAUUUGAGCAAAGCCAACUUCAAGAAUUUUUUAGUUUAUUGUUUAGUCAUCAUAGUCUUAUACCUCCAAUUCCAGGGCCUGUCUGUAAAUACGAGCUAAGCUCCGACUCCGAGACCGAGAUCCCCUUCACGGCCGAGGUCUUGGACAAGAACUCGGGCAAUGCCGUCGUCAAAGUCAAGGAGAACUUUACCUUGGACUGCUCUCACAGUGAAUACAAUCUGGAGAUCACGGCGGUCGGUUGUACCGAUGACAUGGCCAAGUCUGAGUCGUAAGUUUCAUAGGAAUUCCGUCCUCAAACGUUGAUAAUCGGAAUGUCUUUGGUCACGAGAGACAAGGAUUGUUAAUCUUCUCUCAUUUACAUUUCUUUUCAGGGCCAGUCUAAAGAUUACGGUAAAAGACACCAACAACCAUGCACCCGAAUUCGACGCCCCCUGGUAUGCGUUCGAUGUUGUGGAGGGCCAAGUCAACCACAACAUUGCCAAACUCACUACAACGGACAAGGAUUGCGGUCAUCCCUACGGAAAGAUCUGCAGAUACGAGAUCACCAAUGCCCUGGAGGGAUUCCCCUUCCACAUCGACGACCAAGGAGUGAUCAGCAAUGUGAAACCCUUGAAUCGCACCGAUUCUGAAUCCCACAUUCUGACGAUCGUCGCCUAUGAUUGUGGAAUGCAGCGAUCCAAGAGUGCUCUGGUCACGAUCAACGUCCGCAGACCUUGUCAAGAAGGUCUCCGAGGAGUCCCCAAUCAUGAAGAGAGCAUCCAAUACACCCCCGGAACCGGGACCCGGAAGAUCUUGCCUGAGGCCGAAGUUAUCGCCUGUCCUUCCGACCACUCCUGCACCGUCAAAUCGGCCGAAUCCUUCCUUCAGUUGGCCAUCGAAAGACCUUCGGAGCAUGAUCUGGCGUCGACCAAGAAAUGCGGAAUGAAUCUUGCGACUCUGGAACUGUUGCCUCGAGGCGAUGCCAACGUUCGAUCGGUUGUUCUGGGCAAAGACGGAAAGGCCAAGGAACUGUUGUUGGAUUCGGAUGAGAAUCUGGACAAGGACGUCAAGGCCGACGAGUCAGAAGAGGACGAUGACGAGGAGGAUGAGGACGUCAGCUCGUUGACACCUGGCCAGCUGGAACAACAAAAGUACAUGUUCGAUGGGAAGACCACUUCAGUGAUCGUACCACCAACCACAGUCAAGGGAGUGAUCCCGGAGAAGUUCUCUUUGACCUUCUCCAUGAAGCAUGCUCGAGGCUCCAAAGCUGAGCAACAGGUCAAGCAAAACAUCCUCUGCGAGACUGACAACGACCGUAAGUUGCCAUUCUUUUUGUGUACUGUCAUCUACAUUAAUUAGAAUUCACAAAAUUUAACCUGACGUCAUUUAGAUCUGAACCGUCAUCAUUUCGCCGUUUACAUCCGUCACUGUAAAUUGGAGAUGUUGUUGAGAAGAGAGGCCGAACAUGCCACUCAAAACUUCAGGGCCGCCGAGUGGAGAUGGUCGUUGCCCGAGGUCUGUGACGACGAAUGGCAUUCCUACGCGAUCUUGUUCCAAGACCUGGACAAUGUGGUGCUGUUGGUCGACGGAAACAAGUUGGAUAGUUCGGAGAGAAAUCCGGAGAUUUUGGACGAUUGGCCACUCCAUGAGACGAAAUGGAUGGUAAGUGGUUCAUUUUGUAGUGGCAAGAGUAACAAGUGGCGAUUUAUUAGGAAUUUAUAUUACUUUAUCUAGUCCAUAAGGAGUUAUUAUCAAAUUUUUGAAGAGUAAAACUAAUUCCAUCGUUUCCAGAAGACCAAGAUGGUUGUUGGAGCUUGCUGGCAUGGCCGCACUCAACAGAUGGUCCAAUUCUUCAAGGGCCAACUCACUUCCGUCUACCUUCUUCCAGGCAAAGUUGAGAGCGAGAUGGCCGUUCAAUGUCUCCAUCAACCCAAGGAACGGCUUCGUUUCGACGCUGUGGAGGAGUUGGUUCCCGGCGAGACUGCCGCGUUCACCGACCAACAAACCCGCCUCACUCUGACCGCCAACACCCUCGAAGAUCUUUCGUUGCUUUUGCAGAAGGUCGAGUACAUCAACUCGGACCCAAGACUCCCAGGAAAGAGGAGAUUGACCAUCAAAUCCUCUGCCAAAUGCACCAAUGGAGAGAAGAGAGAUCUGGGAACAUAUGAGACCAGCAUUCAAGUGAAGAAUGAGCAAGCUCCAAUCUUGUCGAUCAGUGGUCAGAACUUGAUCAACACGGACAGGAAGAGCUUGAAAUUGGGAACGGUUAUGCUCCCUGAUGUGCAGAUCACUGUCGUCAAAAGUGACGGUAGGUUUUCUUUUUAAUUUUUUCUUGUUUUUUGCCAUUAAUUUAUACUGUACUUGACAAAAUUGUCAUCAUUGUUAAAAUCUUUUAUUUAGUCCCUUAAAAAUAUGAAAAGUGGUCAUUUCAGGUCAGAAAGACGUGGAUGUGACCACCAAGCACAAAGUUGACUGGUGUAAAGUCCAUCUGAAGCCCUCUCGCGACAUGGAUUUGGAAUAUUUCUCUUCCCCCGCCGCUCUUAUCGCUUCUUUGAACAUUGACUUCGAGCACGACUCUGAAGGCAUCUUGCUGAAGGGAGAGGAGAGCAUCGCCGGCUACAGAGAAGUCCUGGGCAAGAUCCAUUACUUCAACACCCGCCCCGAGGCCUACAACAAGCGGAUGUACACCGUGCAAUGCGCCAUGGACAAGGGAAAACUUUUGAGCAACAAAUUCUUUGUCACCGUAGGUUUUGUUUAUCUUUGUAGGGUUUUGCAAGACUCUUUUUGGUUCAAAUGUUGAUUUUAUAUAUUCCUCAGAGAGUUUUUUGACUGAAAUUUUAAUUUUUUUUGAUUAUAUUGGACAUGAACUUUUAAUAAAACCAGAAAAUUAAAUUACUCUUGAGCAAUGUUUCAGAUGUACAUCUCCUCAGACAACAAAGUCGAUGAUCUGGAUGGCGAUGCGAGAAUCCUGACCAAGGGAAAUGAUGCCCAAGACCUCCGUGACUUUGGAAAACAGUUCGAGCCUUCGGCCUUCGAUCAGCUUGGUGCUAACAGACUCCAAAACAUCUUGGAGAUGGAUCUCCCCCGUCCUAAAGCCCUUUUGAGUCAUCACGGCUACGAGAUGGGACAAGGCGCUGUUGCCGGAGGUGCUGUCGCGAUCGUGGUCGUCAUCUGCGUCGGGUUCUUGCUGGUCUUGUUGGUGGUUGGAGUCCUGAAAAUGAGAGAUACCCCCAUUCCCCGAGCUCGACGACGUCAGAGAAAGCUGGCUACGGUAAGAGCAAGUCAUUUUACCAUCAUUUUCUAUCCCUUUCAUUGUUCUAUACCUAAUUGUAACUAUGAUUAUAUUGUAGUAGACAUCUGAUGACUAAAUUUUUAUUUUUCAGAUGCAAGAAGGCAUGGAAUGGGAUGAUGGAGGCAUGAAUAUUACGGUAAAUCCGUUGGAGGACGUGGAGAAACAGGAGCAGGAAAUGUACUCCGAGGAAGAGGACGAGAGCUCGGAUGACGGCGAGAGGUAAGAGGACCCCAUUAAUCCCAAUAGAAGUUUCAAAAGAGAUCGACCUUUAAGCAGAUUGCUCCUCGAAUAUUCCCGGGUCCGUUCUUUAAUUCUUUGAGUACAAUGACGCCCCCUUUCUCCUUUUUCUCAAAGGCAAAGUUCAGAAUAACAAACGUUGUAAUUUACAAUUCAAAUUGUUUGCAGUUAUCACGACGAGGACGAGAUGAGUGAGGAAGAGGAAGAAGAGACUUCGCCCGCCCUUCCCCAUGCCUCCAAAGGCCUGGAAUGGGAUGACGACGGGACCAUUCCCCAAAGUGUCUCACGCACUUACCGUGUCUAA